UAAAAUGACAGUAUCCUGUCCGGUUGUGUUUCUCGUUAACGAAGUCGGUGACUCCAGCUAUCUCAAACCUUAAAAAUCUAUUCUAUUCAAAUCUCUCUGCAAGUCCUAAAUUCUGCAAUUUUCCCUGUCGAAGCUUUAAAUCUGACAAACCCUGAGGAGACGUCUUCGAAAAUGAAGCAAAAACCACAACAAAUCUUUCUUCAAUUCCCAAACUCUCAAGUACAAACCCUAACCCUAGAUCAUUCCCAAGUCACAACCCUCCAUAGCCUCAAGCUCUCUCUUUUUCCCAAUAAUCGAAACCUGUCCUCUUUCUAUUUCACUCUCAAUGGAAAACUCCUUCAUGACUCUUCUCCUAUUCCAAAUCCCCAAAUUUCCUCUCUUUCUACCCUCGUCCUGCAGUCCCGCCUCCCUGGAGGUGGUGGUGAUGGCGGCGCUACGGGUGCUGAGUCCCGCGAUUGCUAUCUCAACAUGUACGCUGUUAAAAAGCCUGAUAAGGUGGAUCCGAAUGAGCAGAGACUAUCUAAAUGGCUCAAUUGCGCUCUCUCGAAUGAGCCGUUGACUCAGCCUUGCGUUAUUGAUAAACUGGGUAAUGUUUUCAACAAGGAAGCGUUAGUAGAGGCUUUGAUAGGGAAAAAGUUGCCUAAGGAGUUUGGAUACAUAAGGGGUUUAAAGGAUAUGAUAAACAUCAAGCUGGAACCAAUUCCUGGCGGGCAAUUGAGUGAUGCUAGGUUCCAUUGUCCCAUAACAGGGCUGGAGUUUAAUGGAAAAUACAGGUUUUUUGCUUUGAAGAAUUGUGGCCAUGUUUUGAGUGCUAAGGCUUUGAAAGAGGUAAAGUCAUCAGCUUGUCUGGUCUGUUACAAGGAAUAUGAGGAAUCUGAUAAGAUUGUGAUAAAUGGGAAUGAAGAGGAGGUGGCGGUUUUGAGGGAGAGAAUGGAGGAGGGGAGAUUAAAGGUGAAGGAUAAGAAGACAAAGAAGGUGAAGAAUGGAGAAGAGGUGUUGGGUGUUAAUGGAGAAGAGAAUGUGGGUUUGGAUUUGCCUAGAUUAAGUGGAAAAAAGCAUGGGAUCGUUGAUGCUAAGGAUGUAGAGAAGGUUGUUGGUAGAGCGGAAGGAAAUGGGAAGCUUGAGAAUGUGAAAGGAGUAAGUAAUGGUGCGGCAGCGAAGCGGUUUAAGGCAGCAGAUAUGGCACCAGCUAAUGCGAACAAAGCUGUCUAUGCAUCAAUAUUUACUUCUUCAAAAAAGUCUGAUUUUAAGGAGACUUUUACUUGUAGGUCACUCCCACUUGGUAGGAACUGAUUGUGAAGGUCUGUGAAGACAUAAUGUGUCCAUUUGUGAUGCUUUUGAUUUACUUUGUAAGCUGUAAUUUACAGUUCAACCAUUUUCCUUAGUAAUUGUGCUUUGCAUGACGGAAUAUUACAUGAUUUUUUCUGUCUCUUAAUGGCCUAUUUCUGCUUA